AUGAAUUACAAAAAUGAUCAAGAAUAAACUUUAUUGAAAAUUAUAGAAAAAUUUUAAAGAUAGAUGGAUGAAUUUAAUAAAAAUAAAAAAUAGAAUAUGUCAGUUGUUUUACUUGUUGGAGUAACAGGAUCUGGAAAAAGUACUAUUUUCAACUUCUAAAGUGGAGCAGAUUUUAUAAUUAAUGAUAAAAAACAGUUGGAAAUCAAGAAUCCUUCAAAUAAUUUUUCUAAAAUGUUUGGAGGAAUGAAUUCAAUCACAAAAGAACCAAAUUUUUAUCAUAAUUCUUAAAAUAAUCAUUUAAUUAUUGAUUUUCCUGGAUUCUAAGACACAAGUGGUGAUUGGGAUCAAUUACUAUUUGAACUUUUAUUUUAUAAGAUUGUUACUUCAGGUCCUAUAAAAAUUAUUUAUGUAAUAAAAAAUCCUGAAAAUAGUCUUCCUAAUAGAGGAUCAGAUCUCUAAGAAUUUAUUAAACAAAUAUGCUUAUAAGGAAGAAUUAAUAUCCAAAAAUUUAAUUUAAUAUUAAAUUGUUAUUUGGAAGAGUUAUCUGAUGAAGAAUUGUAAAAUUCUGUAAAAGAAGAUCUAAGGGCUGUUAAUAUUUUAUAAUCAAUUGAUAAAAUACUUGUAUUGAGAAAAGCUAAAAAGAAUGAUGAAAUACAAACAAUUUUCAAUAAUUAAUAAAGAUAAACUUUAUGGUAAUAGAUAGAAUAAAUGUAAUCGAUUAAAAUUCAACCAUAAAAACUACCUAAAAGUGAAAUUAUAAGUGAAUAUUUAAGAUAUACAACAUUAAAAACAAUUGAAAAAUAUGGGAGUGGUUUGUGUGACAUUUUUGAUAAUAAAUAUACUUAAUUAACUGAUGCAUAAAAUAGGGCUACUUAGGUGUAAAUGUAAAAAUUAUUAGAUGUGAUAAAAAAAGAAAAUAAGGGUUCUCCUUUAGAUUGGUAUAUCAAUUUCAUUUCAAUUUGUGAACAAUUGGCAACUAAUCUUACAGCCAAAAGUGAUUUGGCAAAUAGUAGUAAUAAUUUCAAAAAGAUAUUUACUUAUUUCUCCUAAUUUUCUGAUCUUAUCAAGGGGUAUGAUGAGAUGAAAAUUAUAAAGUCAAUUGCAGAAGAUUAAUUAAAUAAAAUAGAAAAAAUAAUAAGUACAAGAAUAGCAUUUUUAAAAAAAGCUGAAUAGGAUAAGGCUGCAAUAAGUAAAAUUGAAUCAGAAAAAUACGCAUUACAAAGAAACAUAAAUCAAUCUUAAUCUCAAAUAAAAAGUCUUUAAAAGCAAAUAGCAUCUUCAGAAUGGGAGCAUAACUAAGAAAUAAAAUAACUUAAAACAUAAAUGGAAAGUGCUUAAAAAUAACAUAAUAAUUUAGAUGUAUAUGAAUAAAGAGAACGAUAAUUGUAGAUUUAAAGGUAAGAAGAAGAAAUAAAAAUGUUGAAGGAUUAGCUUAAUGAAUUCAAAUAAUAAAAAUAAAAUGAACAAAAUCUAAAACAGACAAUAAAUUAUUAUAAUUAAAAAAUAGGUUAAAUGGAAAAGGAAAUUGAAGAUAUAAAAAAAAAACCGAUUCCUAAAUCGUCAUCUAAUGACUCAAGUUGCUAAUUAAUUUGA